AUGUCCGCUAAAGCCAUCUCAGAGCAAACGGGCAAGGAGUUCCUGUAUAAGCACAUCUGCACCUCGGCGACAGUCCAGAACCGCUUUCGCUAUGCCAGCGUCACUCCGGAGACCGACCUGGACCGACUGGCGCAGGAGCACCCCUGGCUGCUCACGGAGAGGCUGGUGGUGAAGCCGGACCAGCUGAUCAAGAGGCGGGGCAAACUUGGCUUAGUGGGCGUCAACCUGGACCUGAACGGCGUCAGGGAGUGGCUCAGGACCCGCCUCAUGAAGGAGACGACGGUGGGAAAAGCCAAAGGUGUUCUCAAGAACUUCCUCAUUGAACCCUUUGUCCCUCACAAGCAGUCAGAGGAGUUCUACGUGUGCAUCUACGCCACGCGCGAAGGUGACCACAUACUGUUCCACCAUGAAGGUGGCGUGGACGUGGGCGACGUGGACUCAAAAGCCAAGAAGCUGCUGGUCGGAGUGGACGAGAAGAUUAGCGAGGGCUCGGUGAGCAAGCAGUUGCUUGCCCAAGUCCCCAACGACAAGAGGCUGGUCCUGGCCCAAUUCAUCGUUGGUCUUUUCAAUCUAUAUGAAGACCUGUUCUUCACAUACUUGGAGAUCAAUCCACUAGUGGUUACGAAAGAUGGCGUCUACGUGCUGGACAUGGCGGCGAAGAUUGACGCCACGGCGGACUACAUUUGCAAGGCCAAGUGGGGGGAUGUGGAGUUCCCGCCACCUUUUGGCAGGGAGGCAUACCCUGAGGAGGCCUACAUUGCCGACCUGGACGCCAAGAGCGGCGCCAGCCUCAAGCUGACCCUGCUCAACCCGCAGGGCCGGAUCUGGACCAUGGUGGCAGGCGGUGGAGCCUCCGUCGUGUACAGCGACACCAUCUGCGACCUGGGUGGCGUGGACGAGCUAGCCAACUAUGGCGAGUACUCGGGGGCGCCGAGCGAGCAGCAGACGUACGACUACGCUAAGACCAUCCUCUCGCUCAUGACGAGAGAAAAGCACCCUGAUGGUAAAGUCUUGAUCAUCGGAGGGAGCAUUGCCAACUUCACAAAUGUGGCGGCGACGUUCAAGGGUAUUGUGCGAGCGAUCCGAGACUACCAGGUACCUCUCAAGGAGCACGAAGUGACUAUUUUUGUCCGGCGUGGGGGUCCAAAUUACCAAGAAGGUCUGCGGGUGAUGGGAGAAGUCGGCAAGACCACUGGGAUCCCCAUCCAUGUCUUUGGCACCGAGACCCACAUGACGGCCAUUGUAGGCAUGGCGCUGGGUCACCGGCCCAUCCCUAACCAGCCUCCUGUCGCUGCCCACACAGCCAACUUCCUGCUCAACUCCAGCGGCAGCACAUCGACUCCGGCAUCUUCUCGCACAGCCUCCUUCUCCGAGAACAGAUGCAAAGUUGAUGGCUCCCCGGCAAAGAAAGCCAAAUGUGCAGCUCCCGUCGACGUUUCCCUUGCAGUCAAGGCGACCACGCUGUUCAGCAAGCAGACCAAAUCCAUCGUGUGGGGCAUGCAGACGCGGGCCGUGCAGGGCAUGUUGGAUUUUGACUACGUCUGUUCCAGGGACGAUCCCUCCGUGGCGGCCAUGGUUUACCCUUUCACAGGCGACCACAAGCAGAAGUUCUACUGGGGUCAUAAAGAGAUCCUCCUACCGGUGUACAAGAACAUGGGCGAGGCCAUGAAGAAGCACCCGGACGUGGACGUGCUCAUCAGUUUCGCGUCCCUACGCUCGGCGUUCGACAGCACCAUGGAGACCAUGCAGUAUCCGCAGAUUCAUACCAUCGCCAUCAUAGCCGAGGGGAUCCCCGAAGCGCACACCAGGAAGAUUAUUAAGACCGCUGAUGAGAAGGGUAUCACCAUUAUCGGACCUGCGACUGUGGGUGGCAUCAAGCCGGGCUGCUUUAAGAUUGGCAACACCGGGGGCAUGCUGGACAACAUCCUGGCCUCCAAACUGUACCGGCCAGGCAGCGUGGCAUAUGUGUCGCGAUCGGGCGGCAUGUCCAACGAGCUCAACAACAUUAUUUCGCGCACCACCGAUGGCGUUUUUGAAGGCGUGGCUAUCGGCGGGGACAGGUAUCCAGGCUCCGUGUUCACCGAUCACGUGCUGCGCUAUCAGGACACCCCUGGAGUGAAGAUGAUUGUUGUGCUGGGCGAGAUCGGCGGCACAGAGGAGUACAAGAUCUGCCAUGCCAUCAAAGAAGGCAGGAUCACCAAGCCCGUGGUGUGCUGGUGCAUCGGAACUUGCGCCACCAUGUUCGCUUCAGAGGUCCAGUUUGGCCAUGCGGGAGCGUGUGCCAACCAGGCUGCAGAGACGGCAGUGGCUAAGAACAAAGCUCUGAAGGAGGCUGGUGCUUUUGUGCCAAAGAGCUUUGAUGAGCUUGGCGAGAUCAUUAAGUCUGUGUAUGAUGACCUCGUGGCUAACGGAGUCAUCCAACCAGCGCCGGAGCAACCCCCUCCCACUGUGCCAAUGGAUUAUUCCUGGGCACGAGAGCUGGGUCUGAUCCGCAAACCCGCAUCGUUUAUGACGAGCAUCUGCGAUGAGAGGGGGCAAGAGCUUAUCUACGCCGGCAUGACCAUCACGGAGGUCUUUAAAUCAGAAAUUGGUCUGGGAGGCACUCUAGGUCUUCUGUGGUUUCAGAGGAGGCUGCCCAGAUACGCCUGCCAGUUCAUCGAGAUGUGUCUCAUGGUGACCGCAGAUCACGGUCCUGCCGUCUCUGGCGCUCACAACACCAUUGUGUGUGCCCGUGCGGGCAAAGAUUUGAUUUCUAGUCUCACCUCUGGCCUGCUCACCAUUGGUGAUCGCUUUGGAGGCGCCUUGGACGCCGCAGCCAAGCAGUUCAGCAAGGCCUUCGACAGCGGCAUGCUGCCUAUGGAGUUUGUCAACAAGAUGAAGAAGGACGGGCAACUUAUCAUGGGCAUCGGCCACAGGGUCAAGUCCAUUAAUAAUCCUGACAUGCGAGUCCAGAUUUUGAAGGAUUUUGUGAAGCAGCACUUCCCCUCCACACAGUUGCUAGAUUAUGCGCUUGAUGUGGAGAAGAUCACCACUUCAAAAAAGCCCAACUUGAUACUGAAUGUUGAUGGCUUCAUCGGCGUGGCUUUCGUGGACCUGCUCAGAACCUGUGGUGGAUUUACCAGAGAUGAAGCAGACGAGUUUGUGGAAAUUGGCGCUCUCAACGGCAUUUUUGUCCUGGGUCGCAGCAUGGGAUUCAUUGGACACUACCUGGAUCAGAAGCGGCUGAGGCAGGGUCUCUAUCGUCACCCGUGGGAUGAUAUCUCCUACGUUCUCCCGGAACACAUGUCCAUGUAG